UCGAAGAGCUGUCGUUGUUUUAGCCGUCUCGAAGAACGGACUUCGUACCUUUUUAGCUGUUUUAGACCGGUUUAGUUUUUGAUGGGGCUUCGAAACAGAAUAUUUUUACAUUCAUAAGAGAUUGACAACCGCAAUCAAGUCCAAUGAUUAGCUUUAUAAUUCACUCACAGCUUCACUCAAAAUCUUUUCCUUUCCACUCUUAAGGUGUAAUUGUCCGUCAGGAUUGCUUAAGGCACUUGACUGGAGUUCGAUUCAUUAUUUUUAUAAGAGAUUUACAGUCAAUGAUCCCGGUAGAAAAACAAACAUACAAUACUGACUGGUUGGAGGCUUUUAAGUAAAGUGAAUGAAGUAACAGACAAUUUAUCAUUGGAUAUGCACAAGAUAUAUUUUUAAAUUCGACGCUUCUAGCUUAUGGAAAGAAGUAUUUUGGUUCUACGACUAUAAUCGGUUCUGUACCACACACGGAGAAUAAAAUCUCGAUUGUGGUUUUAGAGAUGUAAUAUCAUGUUCAAUACUGACCAAGUAAAACAGCCCUUAAAUGUCAGUGAUUCUUGACAUCGUUGACUGAAUGUUGGGUYAACUAAGUAUCCAAGUCAAUACAAUUCAAUUUUCGAUCUGUCUUUGAGGACAGCUGUGUGAUUUGCUUUUGAGUGAGGAAAAUCCUGAUGCCGAAUUCGUCAUUACCGACGGUUUUCCGAGGAGCAACAGCCUCGUCGUUAUAUUCAACGAUGUCCAUCGUGACCAACACCAACACAACAGGGAUCACAGGCGAACAAUGCCCAAAGAAUCAAGACACAAAAUUUGAGAACGCUAUCAAAAUUCUGCUUUAUGUCAUCGCUAUGCUGGUAUCUCUCAUUGGUAAUACUUUGCUAAUAUACUCCGUGAAGAAACGAAAACGCAUGCGCACUGUGACGAACUUUCUAAUAGUCAAUAUGGCAGUUGCAGACCUCUUUAUAACUGUAUUUAACAUGCCAACCUAUUUGAAGAUCCUCAUAACGCAAAAGAACGACUGGAUAGGGGGUCCCCUGGGGAUACUUUUGUGCAAGCUGGUCCUCUUUAUCCAGGGUGUGUCAGUUACUUGUUCAGUAUUGAGUCUGACUGCAUUGAGCAUACAUCGCUUUGUAUCUGUUUUCUACCCGUGGAAGAAACUUAUYGACACCAGAAACGUAAGGUAUAUCAUCAUUACGAUAUGGAUUGCAUCUUGCAUGUUCAUUUUGCCAUUACUGUACGCACUAAACGUCAUACCAGUGGAUAAUGUAGGGCUUGUGUGCGACGAAAAGUGGUCGCCAUUAUUUGACGAAGAAGAAGCACCAAAGACAUACACUAUCGUCCUCUUCGUGCUGUUAUACAUGGCACCUUUAAUGAUCAUGGCAGUGCUCUACACGGCUCUAAUCCUUAAACUCUGGUUCCCAUCUUCGUCCGAUGUUUCGGCGAAUGUAAGCCGAAGACAGUCCGAAGAAGCUCUGAGCAUUGCCCGAGUUCUUAGCGACGAGAAAGCGAAAUCUUCCCGAUUAUCAAGAUCAAAGAAAAUCGUUUUAAAAAUGUUAGUGACAGUUGUGGUGGUAUUUGCACUGUGUUGGCUUCCCAUGCACGUGCGGGUUUUUUUGUUCUUUUUCAACAAGGAUGACUAUAAGUGCGGGCUUCCACCUUUCUUAGACUUCAUUGGUUACUUUCUGGGUCACGUGAACAGUGCGCUAAACCCUUGUAUCUAUGUCACUUUUAGUGAGAGCUUUAGACAGUCGUUUAAAGCAGUUCUCUUCAACAAAUGUGCCGUCAGAAGGAAACCCAAAAUAACUCGUCACUACCACUACAAGGGAGCUUGCCUUGUCGAAAUGCAAAAACUAAGAACUAAUAUCAAACACAAAAAUUAAAGAAUUCUUCUAGUUUGUUUAAAUAAAUUUAAAUAUGAUAAUUCAAAUAACUAAAAUAACUAUAAUAAACUGAAGAAUGUAAUAAGUGUAGAAAAAUAUCUGAAGAAAAAAGCUUAUUCAACUCGCAAAAUUCAUGUCGUAAGAAAAGAAAAAAAGAAAGAAGGAAGGAAGGAUUAAGGAAGGAAGGAAGGAAAGAGAGAAAGAAAGAAAGAGAGAAAGAGAGAAAGAAAGAAAGAAACCUAGCUUAACGCCCCAACACUCCAGUUUAUAACCAUAACAUCAUUAAAACAACACGAAACGAUUGUCGGCAGUUCAAAUACAGAAUAUCCGACCUAAUAAACACGGAUUACUAGAAAUAGGGCGCGCUAUUCUUUUUGAAAAGGUCAUUUUCAUGUCGGUAGUUUUAGAGGAUCCUCAUUAAAUUUCGUAAUUUGGCCCGAAGGCUUGGAGCCGCUUUGAAAAAUUCACAGAGACAAAACAAACCUUGUAGAUAAAGUUGAAAAUUAGGUAAACAAAUAAAUGAGACGAUUAAGGUAAUCUUUUAGCCAAUUCAUUACAGGGUUCAGAUUAAAUAAAUUACCCUCCAGAAAUUCAAAAGGUUUUAUCUUACAGCUGAAGGAAACAGAGGCCGAUGAAGAGACGGUGUCUAGAUAAAACUGUGAUUUUAUGUGGGAGAACGAUUGAUAAUGUUACCAUAUGCCUUAAUAAACAAACCCAAUGAAA